AUGCUGACGGAACAAGAUGUCGAGCACUUAAAAUAUCAGGUUGCAUCUGCUUUGGAGACUUUGCUGCGCACUGCAGAUGAGUGCGUGAGCUGGAAACAGCCCCAAGACUUGCCAGCAAUAAAGGAACCAUUGUACACGUUUUUACCAGGAAUAUACAAGUCGAUUUCGUCCCAAAUGGCCCCGACACACGCACAGUAUGAAGAUGCUCCUUCUGUUGCUAUGCUUGGUGGUGCAUUUCAAGGUAACGAGAGUACACUUCGAAUUAUCCUACAUGGAGACCAUAAAUUUGAGUAUAUGUGGACAAUGAAGCGUAACGGGGAUCGUGCCAUGGAAAUGACAGUGGAAAUGGAAGGAACCUGGUCCAAACCGGUGCUGAACCGAACUCGAAGAGGUCAGGAAGAUAAUCGUAUUACUCUCUCGGCACAGCGGAUUCGUUUUCAACGACUGUCAAACUAUGACUUAGAAAACCAGACAUGGAAGUUGUGCUUGAAAACAUUCACACGUCAUAACUCUGACUGGGCAAACAUUGGUCUAAGCGAGCGUGGAAUUCCUCCUAUAGUUAUGAUCUUUGAGUGCAUUGAUGGAUGUUUAGAGAGCACUGGUGCCGCUUUGCCGACGCAAAUUCUAUCGAACUCACCUGCUUGUCGAAUUUUAGUGGGUCUUACAAAGAAGAUUGCAAACAAGCUUGGGACUCCUGUGGAUGUCAUGACUGACAAGUGGCUACCAGCUCGUGGUCUGCGUCUAGCAUUGGUAAAGGAUGGAAAAGAAGUAAAAUCGUUUAAGAAAUUCAAUCCUUUCUUCUGUCUUACUGACGCCCUGCGCGGUGACCGUCAUUUCUUGCUCACGAACUAUUGA